ACAACAACUACUACUACACUUGCUACACCAAUAAUCAACUUUACGUAGUAUAACAGUACACAGUACACACACGAAUAGGUAACGUCGGUGACGGAGCACAAGAGCAAAUAACGUUGCGAAAAAAAGAAGGAAAAAAAAAACAUCCUUAGUAUAACAUUACAUUUACGUACAUGUUAGAAAGAGAUAAAAAAGCAACACACAUUACACAUUGCUUUGCAGCAGCAAUGGUUGAAAAAACAAACCUAGUGUAGCCACUAAAGCAAAGCAAACAACACAAACCUUCCUCCGCUCUCACCCUGUCUUAUUUCUCCUUUUCUUUUUAGUUUCGCCGGAGAUAAUGCUGCCGCCGUUGCUUAAUUCUCCGGCUUCCCUCCGCCGGCGGUGAUAAUCCAUACCAUGCAAGAGACCCUCCUCUCUCUCCCUCUCUCCCACCACGAAGACAUCCACAUUCUCCCCAAGAAGAAGAAAACGCAACAGCUUCAUCACAACAAAGCGGGAAGCGACAACACCACCAACACCAACAGCCACCCCACUCGCGUGUCGCGGCGGGUGAGUCCGGCGGUUUCUCCGUCCUCCGGCGGCGGCGAGAAGUCUCUCCCGAACGGCGACAUCUACAGCGGCGCCCUGUCGGGGAACGCGCCGCACGGCACCGGGAAGUACCUCUGGUCCGAUGGGUGCAUGUACGAGGGCGAGUGGCGAAAGGGAAAGGCCUGCGGCAAAGGAAGAUUCUCAUGGCCCUCCGGCGCCACCUACGAGGGCGAAUUCAAGUCGGGUCGAAUAGACGGGUUCGGAUCCUUCAUCGGCGUCGACGGCGACAUGUACAGAGGCUCAUGGGUCGCUGACAGAAAGCACGGCUUCGGCGAGAAAAGAUACGGCAACGGUGACGUGUACGAAGGUUGGUGGAGGUGCAACUUGCAAGAGGGUGAAGGGAGGUACACGUGGCGCAACGGGAACGAGUACGUUGGGGAGUGGAGGGGUGGUGUUAUUUCGGGGAAAGGGGUUUUGGUUUGGGCGAAUGGGAACCGUUACGAAGGGUAUUGGGAGAAUGGUGUUCCUGUCGGGAAGGGUGUUUUCACGUGGUGUGAUGGGAGCACGUGCGCCGGGAACUGGAGGAAGGAGUUUAUGGAAGAGGCACGUGAGGAGAAGAUGAUGAAGAGGUCUUCGGUGGAUGAUGGGUUUAAGAGUGUGAGUUUUCCCAGGAUUUGUAUUUGGGAGCUCGAUGGUGAAGCUGGGGACAUAACUUGUGACAUUGUUCACAAUGCUGAGGCUUCUUUGUUUUACAGGGAUGGUACUACUACUACUACUGCUUGUGAGUCUGAGAACAGUGGAGAUGAUAAUAAUAAGAGUCCUUGUUGGUCUCUUGAUGGUACUGCUGGUGGUGAUGUUAAGAAGCCUGGUCAGACUGUGUCAAGAGGGCACAAGAAUUAUGAUCUUAUCCUUAAUCUUCAACUGGGUAUUAGAUACACUGUUGCCAAGCAUGCUUCUAUUGUGAGAGAGCUUAGACCGGGGGAUUUUGAUCCUAAGGAGAAGUUCUGGACGAGGUUUCCGCCGGAAGGGUCUAAGUUUACACCCCAGCACCAUUCAGUGGACUUCAGGUGGAAAGACUACUGUCCCAUGGUGUUCAGACAUCUAAGGGAAUUAUUUGCCAUAGAUCCUGCGGAUUACAUGCUUGCUAUUUGUGGAAGUGACACACUUAGGGAGAUGUCUUCCCCGGGCAAAAGUGGAAGCAUCUUUUAUCUCACUCAAGACGACCGCUUCAUAAUUAAGACUGUCAAGAAGUCUGAAGUCAAGGUGCUCAUAAGGAUGCUUCCAAGUUACUACCAACAUGUUUGUCAAUACAAGAACUCCUUGGUGACGGCAUUCCUGGGCGUGCAUUGUGUCAAACCUGUUGGAGGUCAAAAGACCCGGUUUAUUGUAAUGGGCAAUGUGUUUUGCUCGGAGUAUCGGAUCCACAAGAGGUUUGACCUCAAAGGCUCUUCUCAUGGUCGAUCAACAGAUAAGCCAAGGGAACAGAUUGAUGAGACUACCACUCUCAAAGACCUUGAUCUUAACUUUGUCUUUCGCCUUGAACAGUCUUGGUUUCAAGAGCUUAUAUGGCAACUUGGUAGAGAUUGUGAGUUCCUGGAAGCAGAGGGAAUCAUGGAUUACAGUCUUCUAAUUGGCCUGCAUUUUCGUGAUGAUAGCUCAGUUGAUGAAAUGAAAAGUUCACCUCGCAGUUCUCAUUCAGGCAAGAGAGACAUGUUUGAUAAUGAGAUGCUCACAUGCCGGGGACCUCUAAUCCGGCUGGGAAUGAACAUGCCUGCCACAGCUGAGAGAGUGUGCAAGGCUGGAUUGGAUCACCAAACAACUAGUGGAAGUAGUAAUAGCCAGAUCUCUGAUGUAAUCCUCUACUUUGGAAUCAUUGACAUUCUCCAAGACUAUGAUAUUAGCAAAAAGAUAGAACAUGCAUACAAGUCACUACAAGUGGACUCCACUUCUAUCUCAGCUGUUGAUCCCAAGCUAUACUCCAAAAGGUUUAGGGAUUUCAUUCACAGAAUCUUUGUAGAGGAUAAAUGACAAAUGAAGUGCUUGGAGACCAAAGGAGUAUAGAAUGCGAACCGGAACCAACUCUGGCUUGCUAAGGUGGCAUUCCAUGCACCAGGAAAUGCUACAAACAUGGGUGAUCUAAACACACAUGUAGAUUGGAAAACAUCAUGGUUGUUGAUGGCUAAAUUUUUCUCAUAGCCAUUGCAAACUUUAUUGUUGAAACGGAUGGGGGAGGGGAGAAUUUGGACACUAAUGACAUUUUUUUCACUUUAGUUUGGGAGGGAGAGGGAUUGUCACACUAGCUUGUACAGGGCAUGUGAUUAGAGUUCUUUUUUUAUUUUAUUGCUUUUGUUAUGGAUGUAGACAUUGUGGGGUGUGGAGAGAGAUUCAAAUUGACUCAGGAGAGGGGAUAAUAACUGUACAGACAGUCAAAAGAUUGAUAAAUAGAAUUGAAUUGAACAUACCAUUUUUGGUUGGAGCAAUCAAAAAGAGUUGAGCAAGAAAGAAGAGUUCCAAGAGGCCCCCCCUUGUAGCCCUCAACUGAUGUGCAUUCAAACGGGUUUUUUUAAAACUUUUGCAGCAAUGCAUGAAAAGAAGAGAAAAGCAGAAGAAAGAAAGGAAAGGAAGAGGUGGGUGUUUCGUUGGUUCAUGUCCCUUGCAAAAACGAACUUUGAAAAAGCAGAAUAACAAUAAUAAUAAUACAGUGUUGUAAUGGUAUGGUAUGGUAAUGUACUAAUGUUAAUGUCCC